UGAAAGAUAUAAUUUGAAAUAUAUUUUAUUAUGUGAAUUAAAGAAAAAAAAGCCUAAUCUGAAAUUGAUUUUUAAAAUUAUUUAACAGAAAAUUUUCUUAAAACUGUCGCUAGAUUGGAGAUUCAAAUAAAGAAUAAGGUAACAAAGAAGUUUCAGAAAUAAUGUAUAAUUGAAAGUAUUUUAAAGGAAAAUAGUAACUAUCAAGCCAUUUUUCUUAUUAGAAAAGCCAUUUAUAUAGUAGAAAUUAUCUGUAUAUAAAAUUCAAAAGGAAUUAUUUGCUUUAAAUCGACUAACAUUUAAAAUUAUUACAUCCAUACCAUUAUUUCAGCUAUGAAUAAAUCUUAUUCAUUUAUUCAUUUGCUUUUACUCCUUUAGAUGUAUUAGGGAGCAAUUAUCAUAAACCUAAUUUCACAUACAACAUUCUAAGCUUUACAUUCCAUUUCGUAUUUAUUUUAACAAGUUCUGACAAUUAAAAACUUUUUAUAAUCUUCGCUUCACUUGUGCAUCACUUUAGAGGCAUUUAACAGACUAAAAAUAUCUUUGCAAUGAUGAAAAAUUAAGUAAAUUUUAGACCCACGUUUCCAUGGGUUUAUAGAUUUAACUACUAAUAAAAUGCUAAAAAUUGAUUACUUACAGAUAACAUUAAGAUAAAUAACUGCAAUUUGAUUCCUUAUUGAGAUAGUUUGAUACUAAUACCUGAUGAAGUAUUUUUGUUCUUAAUAAGCCUGCAUUUAUAAUAUAUUGAUUUUUGCAAAUUAUUUCUGAUAAAUACUUUUCUGAUGCUUACAGUUAAACUGAAUUCGGUUUCUAAGAAUAACUUUUUUUCUUUAAAAUUACUUUUUUCUUUUUUAUAGAUAAUCUAAAUAUUGAAGAAGUAUUCUCUAACAGAAUUUUCCUGGUCAAGUUUUUUACAGAAUUAUCCGAUAAUUUAGCUAUAAGUUGAGUUAUAUAAUAAAGCUUGAGUCUUCCUUUAUAUAACAAAUUGUAUUACUAACACUUCUAAAAAAAUUUACUUUAUUGUAAAACAAUACGUUUGAAUUCAGUCACAAAAUUAUAUAUCCUAGAGAAUUGUUAAAAAUUACGAAGCGUUUUUUCCGAGAUUGAAAUCAGAACAAUAUGAUCACACCUGCUACCAAAUCAAAAUGGACCAACAUUCCACUUAUAGAAUCUCUCCUCUUGUUCAUACUUUCCAACUACCUAAUCAUCAUUUUAUCCUGAUAUGGGCUUGGAGAGGAAACGGUCGAGUCGGAGGGGACCUAGACGCAAACGACCCCCAGAGAACAAGUGUAAGAGUUGCUGCAGACGAUUUACGGCUUUUAUGUUCUCCCACGUAGGACUAUGCGCCCUAGUAGUAGGGUACAGCAUUUUGGGGGCGUUUGCAUUCCAGGCUCUCGAGGCCCCAUAUGAAGAGAAGAAAGUAGACGAAGUGAUGCAUAAGCGAUCGGACACUGUUCGUAGAUUGUGGGCCAUCACGGACAAUUUGAACGUCUUAUAUAAAGAGAACUGGACACGUCAAGUGACAGAGGAAGUGAAAAGGUUCCAAGCUGAGCUAGUUCAUGCCAUCAAGGAAGGUUAUGAUGGUAAGGAAGGAACGGGGACUCAGUGGACUUUUUCUGGGGCUUUCCUGUACUCCUUGACCGUCAUUACCACCAUCGGGUACGGCAACAUCGCUCCAAGGACUCCGUCCGGCAAGUUGGCCACUAUUUUCUACGCCAUCAUAGGCAUCCCACUCAUGCUCCUCUAUCUCACGAACAUCGGUGACAUCCUGGCGAAAGCAUUCCGCUAUCUCUACAGCAGAGCAUGCGCAUGCACUGCAGAUGGACAUGGAGGAUCGAGUUCGGAGGCGAGGCGGAGAAGGUACCUUUCCGAGAACUACAGGGUGCAGCAUGUGGUUGGUAACUCCUCCUCGUCCUCCGCAGGGAGGUUCGGUCUCGAAGUGGAUGACAAGUUCCAUCUCAGCGUACCUCCUCCACCACCUCCUCCAUUGUCACACAUCAGGGAAGAUGAGGUUCGAAUUGAACCCAUACCGGACACAGAAAUCUACCGCGAAGACGAAUAUAACGGCAAGGCCAGAGUAUCUGUCCCAAUUACUCUCUGUAUGGUGAUAUUGGUGGGGUACAUCUCAGGUGGAGCAGUUCUUUUCUCUUUGUGGGAAGGAUGGGGGUUCCUGGAUGGAUCCUACUUCUGCUUUGUUACUCUCAGCACGAUUGGUUUUGGAGAUUUGGUACCUGGCGACUCCGUCAUUUCAGAGGGUGGCUCGCAAGAGAAGCUUGUCAUGUGUUCACUCUAUCUUCUGUUCGGAAUGGCCCUUAUUGCCAUGUGUUUCAAUCUCAUGCAGGAAGAGGUUAUCCAUAAAGUGAGGAGUUGCGGCAAGAGGAUCGGCAUCAUCAAAGACCAAGAGGACGAUGACGACAUGGGGUGAAGCUCUUGACAUCGAUUCCUCAUGGCCUUGGAUUGUUGCUCUUUGCUGAACGAGAGCCUCGAAACCACUAUACACACUUGUAAAAACUAAAAAAGAAACCCGAACUGAGCCCUGUAAUGGGAGCUGGUACAGUCUCAGAAAAGGGAGGAGAUCUUUUAUGUUCGUAACAGGGUAGCGAUUUUUUUUUUCAUUGGACUUCAUCUUGCAUUGUCGUCAGUCGCCACACGCUGGAUAUGACAGAAUAUUGAAGACAUAAAACACUUAGGUCAAAAUGACUGGACAAGCUGUGAGGAAGUUUGAAAAAAUAAUACACGAGAACAUGUAGAAUAACGUCUUUCAAAAGGCAAUUGUGACAUGAAAAUCUUGUUUUAUAAGUGACCGCGACGAUUUCAAUAAUAAAUUCUUUUUUUCAUUUUGUCUGAUUGAAUAGGUUCUGGAAGAGUAUGGAAGGAAGGACGUUAAGACAAACCAACAUGUGUUGAGUCAAUUUAAUGAAGAAUUUAAAAAUUUAUGCCACGAUAUUUGUUUGUACUAAAAGGCAGAAAAGAAGGAUGUUAUUAAUUGUAUGUAGAACCAUCCAUAGAAUUUUUCAGAAUACUAUUUUUGCAACAUUCUAUUGGAAGUACGUUUUGAAUUACGAUGCGGAGUAACUAUAAGACUAAUAUCCAAUCCACCAACACGCUAUUCAGUAUUAACAGCAUAUGUAUUAUGGAAUAUACAAGAUGCAUCAACCACAUGUAAAGGACAAUCUGCAGCUGGAUGAAAGUUCAAACUUGUAGUUAUAUAAUGUUAUUGUUGAUGAUUUAUCACCAAGUUUAUUAGAGGAUGAUAAUGCUCUUACAAAAGCCAAGUCACAUUUUGAACUGAAAAAAAUAUUACAGUUUGAGCACGGAAUUUGAGUAUAUUUGUUGCAACGGAUCAUGCCCUAGCUAGAUGAUUCGACUUCAAAAUAAAGAUGAGUACUGCCUGAUGUGAAAAUACACAUUAUGAUUGGUUUUCGAAUAAUAAAAUCCAAUCCCAUACACUCA